GUGAAAGCCAGUCAGUCAGCCAGCCAGUUCACUAUCCUGACAACUGUUUGACUCUGUAAUAAUCAUCUCCGUCAUGAGCAACGGACAGCCUAAGAACAUCAAACUCCGUGAUGGCAGCUUUAUGCCACUGCUGGGUCAGGGAACAUUCAAUUUAAAGGUUGCAACUUCAGGCCGGAGUCAAGAAAUACUUGAGGAAGCAAUUGAUGCUGGCUACCGUCACUUGGACACAGCCAUCGUCUAUCAGACUGAAGUGGACGUGGGCAAGGCCGUCCGCUCCAAGUUACAGCAGGGGGUCAUUAAGCGCGAGGACAUGUUCAUUGUAAGCAAGCUGUGGUGCAGAUAUUUUGCCCCUGAGGCCAUCCCUGUGUGUCUAGAUAAAUCUCUCAGUGACCUGCAACUGGAUUACAUAGACCUGUACCUGGUGCACUUCCCUGUGGGACUACAGGACGUUGGUGACGACCUCUUUCCAAAGAAGGAUGGAAAAACUCUCACAACAGACUUUGACUAUGUGGAUGUGUGGAAGGGGAUGGAAGCUUUGAAGGCUACUGGAAAAGUGAAGAGUAUUGGAGUGUCCAACUUCUCAAUCCCACAACUUGAGAGGCUGCUGUCUGUGGCCAAAGUGCCUCCAGUUGUCAAUCAGGUAGAGCUUCAUCCUUACCUGGUGCAGACUGAUCUGAUUAAAUAUUGUAAGUCGAAGAAUAUUGCUCUCACGGCUUUCUUUCCCUUCGGCUCACCAGACAAACCCAAAGAGUUGCAUGCAGGAGAAACAGACCCUGAAAAGCUGUUGGAGGAUCCUGUGGUUGGGAAGAUUGCUGCAAAACACAAACGGACUCCUGCACAGGUUUUGCUAAGGUAUCACAUUGAACAGGACAUUGCAGUGAUUCCAAAGGGUAUUAACACUGCCCAGAUUCAGGAGAACAUAAAGGUCUUUGACUUCUCUCUGGAUGAGGAGGAUAUGAGAGCACUCAAGUCUCUGAAUCGUGGCUGGAGAGGUGCACCCUUUGAAGACAUGAAGUCUCAUCGUUUCUACCCUUUUUAGUGACUGAGAUACAGGGAAGCUUCUCCAUUGUGAAUGCUGAUAUUUCAAUCAGAAGAACUUUAGACCACUGUUUUUGUUGACAAAUCAGCUGAAUUUAAAUUUUCAUACAAUAACUGGACUAAUGUUAGAGAUACACUGGGAUUGUAAUUUACACUGUCAUAAACUGAGAAAUUU